AUGAGCCUUGCACCAUUCUUUGAUAAAGCUCCAUCAAUAAUUAAUAAGCCUGAUGGUAGUGUAUUAUUCGAAUGUAUGUGUAAUGCUAAUCCCGAACCAACGAUACAAUGGUUUUUUAAGGAUAAAGAAUUAAGCGGUGAUCGAUAUACGAUGAAAACAAAAAAAAUGGUUGGUAAAUGGACAUGCACAAUGACAAUGAAGAAUCCAACAUUGCAAGAUCAAGGAGUGUAUAAAGUUGUAGCGACGAAUAAGAAUGGCACGCAUUCGGUGGAGCAACAUUAUGUCCUGUCCUGUACUGCUAAUGAAGUCUUCAAAACACAGUAA